AUGAUCUGUUCUGUUGCUAUAUCUGCCUCGGGAUUGGGAAAGCAUAGCCGUUUGAAGCCUGCUGUAGAGGGACCACAACAUGAUCUGUCUAGUGUCAAGAGCAGAGCAGUAUUCUUCUUCAUGGCUUUCUUUGUGGGGCUUAUGUUUGCAGCUGGGGUGAAGGGGCAAACCAGUGAGUUUCCUCACGCACCAGCUCCAGCACCCACCAUGGACGCUGGAGCUGGAUUUUUGGUGACUUACUCUGGAGCAUUUGUUUUCUCCUCACUGCUUCUAUCUCUCAUUGCUCUUCUAUGCCAUUAA